AGUCGAUAGCUGUUGUUUGGUCGCAUUGGUUCUCGAAACGAAAAUCGUGUGAGUGCGAGUGAAUGUUGUGUUCUAUCGAAAGCGUGUUCGAAACUAUUUGCUCUCAUAUGAGCAGCUUCUACACGAGAGGCUGUUCGUUCGGUGUAUUUUUUUUUUUUCAUUCCUCUGUUUCGGCUUAUUUUGUGCUUUUCGUGGUGCGGAUUUGCGGAAAGCCAGAAAAAAUUGUUGAGAAAGAAAAAGAAGAAACGAUUUUUCUUUGGAUUUUGUGUUUAAUAAUAUUUCUUUGUGAAAAAAAACGAAUUUUUUUUUUCUGCCUCCAAUUUAUAAUAACUUCAGAUGAUCCACUGAAAUAUUACACGUUGAAGUAAAAAGAAGAAUAUAAUCGUUAAAUGAAAAAGGGAGACACUUACGAAAUCUCAGUAUCGCAAAAUUUCGGAUGUCGUCAUUUUUGAAUAUCAUAUUUUGAUGUUGUUGGUGUUAUUGUUGUUGUUAUUCUUGGUGUAUCGUGCGGUGCGCAUCUCAAAUUAUGCACGUUAUUUUUUUGUAACGGCAUUUCUCUUUUUCUCUCAGUAAACACACUGUGCCGGACACAGCCGAAGAAUCAUAUGUGAAUAUUUUUGUCAUCACUAUUUCUGUUUAUUUUGAACAUACUUAUAUCAAUCAACUGAACAAGAAGGAAAAAAAGAAGAUUCAUUCGCUCUCAAUUUCGAUCGAAUGAAUAUAUAGCAAGAGCAGAAUAAACACGCCGUACGAUCACAAUGGAGGUGAUGGAAAAAGUGAAUGUGUGAAAUUUCUUAACGCAGUUAGACAGAUAAAGGGGUGAAAAUAACAAAUUGUAAUGAUGAAAUCCAAAUAUUAAGAAGAAAAAACAACAAAACGAAAAAUAAAGAUGUGAAAUUUGUGAGCGCAAGAGAAUCGGGCGUGUUUUAUUCAGCAAUUGUCAGGCGUGUGGUGACGGUUUGCUUCAUCAUUCGCGAGCCCUAAACUACUGAAUCUUCUUGUUUUUCGUCAUUCUCCUUUCGUUCAUAAAAACGCAAAUACAGCGACUUUUAAAAAGAGAUUCAAAGCAUAAAUCAAAUUACGGACGAAUCACAGCAGAAGCGAGAGAACGAAGAAAAAUCGGAGAACAAAACAUACACGAGAUAAAGAAACAAGGAGAGAGUUUUUGGGUAUUCUGUUUUCUCCGCCGAUUGACACCGAAAAUCGAAUCAAAACAACCCGAUACAACCAUGCUACGGAAUUGUGCAUGCUUUCAGCGUCAACGGCGCGGAUCAAGUUUUGAGGAUUCCUCAUCGUGCCGGUCGUCCGAGAUAGAGCGUGGCAGUGAGGUAUCAACGAGCAAUGGGAGCCUUCUAAAAUUGAUUACGUCCCGUGGAUGGUGUCGUCAAUGGCGAAAAACCAGCACUAUCAGCAUGUCAAAAAUUGAACGAACAAUGAAAGCAGCCAUUUUGAUACAACGAUGGUAUCGCCGUUAUUUGGCUCGUAUGGAAAUUCGACGGCGAUACACAUGGACGAUAUUCCAGAGCAUUGAAUAUGCUGGAGAGCAAGACCAAGUUCGUUUAUAUAACUUUUUCAACGCAUUGUUAACACAUAUUCCUGACACGGCAAACAAGCCAUCAGGUUCAUCAAAUAUAUCGAGGGCAUCAUCAAAUGAUGCAUUGGAUUCAAAAUUUAGUGAUGAAUCGGAUGACUUAGCUGAUGAAGGUAUUACCGGGCCGGAACGUGCGUACCGCGGACCACAUUUAGUAUUUCCGUUACAGAAAAAAGACAUUGACACAUUAAUUGAGCUAUUCCGAAAGAAAAAGUAUAACCGUCUACAUGCAAAAUACGUGGCCGGUAUAUUGAAGGAAGCAACAAUACGACUGAAACGUUUACCUAAUUUGAAUCAAGCGUCCACUGCCAUAUCGAAGCAAGUUACCAUUUGUGGUGAUUUACAUGGAAAACUUGAUGAUUUAUUGGUGGUAUUUCAUAAGAAUGGUUUACCUUCACCUGAGAACCCGUACGUUUUUAAUGGUGAUUUCGUGGAUCGUGGCAAAAAAAGCUUAGAAGUAUUACUUCUGCUGCUAUCCUGCCUUUUAGUAUUCCCUGGCGGUGUCUAUUUGAAUAGAGGAAAUCACGAGGAUACUGUUAUGAAUGCAAGAUAUGGCUUUAUUCGGGAAGUUCACCAAAAGUACAAGCAUAAUGCCGAACGGUUAUUAAAACUUAUUGAAGAAAUCUAUCGAUGGCUUCCGUUGGGUACAAUAGUCAACAAUCGGGUGUUUGUCGUCCAUGGCGGUAUAUCGGAUAGCACUGAUUUGGAUCUGUUGAAGAGCUUGGACCGUGGCAAGUAUGUUUCGUUGCUGCGGCCUCCGAUAACGGAUAGUAGUGCACCUGGAGCUGACAUAAUAGACAAAGUGGAAUGGAAACAGGUGUUCGACAUCUUAUGGAGUGAUCCGCAACACAACGAAGGCUGCCAACCAAACGGUCUACGUGGGGCUGGCACUUAUUAUGGCCCUGAUGUUACGCAAAACUUUUUGCAAAAAAACAAAUUGGUCUUUCUGGUUCGAUCGCAUGAAUGUAAACAUGAUGGUUACGAAAUUGUCCACGGUGGAAAGGUGAUAACCAUUUUUUCCGCAUCAAAUUAUUAUGAGAUUGGAUCGAAUAAGGGUGCCUACCUCAAAUUGAAUCCACAACUUGACACGCAUUUCGUGCAGUACACGGCGGCCGCAUCGAAAACGCGAAAAUUAACAUUUCGCCAAAAGGUGGGCCUGGUCGAAAGUUCAGCGAUUCGAGAGUUGGGCGCCAAAUUGCGUGAACAUCGCGGUGAUCUUGAACGAGAAUUCAAAGCACGUGAUCCGGAUUUAAAAGGAAUUUUAACGAUGUCGCGAUGGUGUGAGGCGAUGGAAUCGGCUACACACUUGGGCUUACCAUGGCGCUUGUUACGGGAAAAAUUAGCACCGAUGCAGCUCGGCUUCCCACCCCUCGAUGUUCAUUAUAAUCUAACAUUAGAACUACUUGACACAGAUCUCAUCAAAACAGCUCAUGCAGGCUCAACAAGUGUUGCUGAUUCGCUGUAUCGGAACAAAAGCAGUUUGGAAAUGAUUUUCCGAAUAUUGGACAAAGAUAAUUCAGGUUUCAUCUCUUUGGAUGAGUUUGCCGAGGCAUGUGAUUUGCUGCAAAAACAUCUACCUGAACACGAUACCAAAGAGGAGCUGAUGGAAAUGUGCAAAUUGAUGGACAUCAAUAAGGACAGUUUGGUUGAUUUAAAUGAAUUCCUCGAAACGUUUCGGCUGUGCGAACAAGAGCGCGGCAACAGUUUUAAAAGUGAAGUAUUGGCCGUACAUUUUGAUCUUCCGAAUGAUACAGCUGCAUCGACGAAGAGUAGCGAUGGGAAAAAUGGCAUUGCCAAUGGCGAACCGGCAACCAACAACACCGGAAACACUGCAGAAAAUUAAUUCUCUCAACAUUCACUUCAUCUUAUUCACUGUCUCUCGCUCUCAUAAGACGUAUCGCACAGCACAAAUUAGAUGCUUCAGUCGGGGGAAAAAAAAGAAGAAAUGAAAUGGGUGGGCGAGAGAAAAAAAAAACAGAAAACCCGUUCAUUUUGAUACUCAAACUGCAGGAAUAUUUCUACUCAAAAUCGCACCAAAUAUCAACUGCAGGAAUUACUUUUCGGAAUUGCACGGGAGAAAAAUGGUGAUGCUAUGCUUUUUCUCAUUUCACGGUCUCUGCAAGCGGAACAUAACACAUUUUCUUUGCGUUCUUUCGACCAUCCGUUUUCAUCCCUCUCUUAUGCAAUCCAAUUUUCAUAAAACAAAUCUUUUCCAAUCGAAAUGAGACACACUAAAAAAAACAGUUGAGUAUUACGUUUCCGUUGUUAAACUUUGGAAAUAAGGUCAUGAUGCUACUUUGAAAUAAUUGAAACACAAAAAACCCUUCAAGGAGGAGCUUUUAUCUAAUCAAAAUAUUUGCAUUCAAAAAGAAGGAAAAAAAUUACGAACGAAAAAAAAGAACAAUUAAAAUUAGUUUAAAAUCUUACCAUAUUUUAAUGUUGUUGGAAAAAAUCUCUCUCCCCGGUGGGAUCAUGCUUCGCUAAAGGUGCUAUCAACUGAUGUGACUCUCGGCUAUAAUUGUCCACACUGCUUCAUUAACAUUGAGCGAGGAAGUGAGACUCAUUUAAAUAGAGCAAAAAGCAGGAGACUCAUUUAUAAGAUGAAUUUUUUGCAUAAGAAAAGAAUGAAUAGAGCUAAGAUAAGAUGAGAGAAAUGCCACCAUUUUCACUUUUUUCUUUUUUCUCCUUUCUCUCAGUCGAAUCGCAAUUUUGAUUCUUCUGAACAAUACUCGAUGGAUUAACUUGCUUUAAAAUUAACUCAAUUCAGAUAUUCAAUGAAACUGAUCUAUUCAUUUGACGAAACAAUAGAUUUACACUUCUUGAUAUAGAAAUACUUGUAGUGCUAAAAAAAACGGACGAUGGAAAUUCACCGUCAUUCGAUUCACGUUGCGUGAUUCCAUUGAGAAACUGUUUGCACGACAUCAUUAUUAUCAAAAACCUUAUUACAAUUAGAUAAAAAAAAAAUAGUGAUUGUUUUCUCUCUAUUCAUUUGAAUUUCUCGAAAGAAAUAGAAACUAACGAAUAGCUUUAAUAAAUCUGCUGAUUAAAUGCGAUAGUUUGAAGAAGAAGAAGAAGAAGAAGAAGAAAGGAAGAAGAAAAACAAUCGAAACAAAAAGUCAACAUUUUAAAACGAAAGCAAAGAUAUUUAAACCAAACAAAAUCUCUUAUAAUAUAUUAUACACAUUUAAAAUCAUGAAUGGUAAAAUUCUCUCCUAGUAAAUCACGAAAUCACUUUGUCGAUGUAGCCGAAUUCCACCCAAUAUUUUUAGAUUGUAGGAAGCAAGCGUUUGCAAAAACCGGCACGAUAUUCAAUUGCACUGCGUGUUUGCAAACGCCAAAGCAUAUGGACCAAAGACAAACUAUUUUUCCUCCCAAACAUAAAUGUUAACGUUAAAAUUUAAAUUCUAUUUACAUUUUAAACGAUUGCACAAUCUUAAUAAAAUAUAUGUGAGGUUAAGCCAAGCAAAAACACAAAGAUGAAAAGGACACAUGCAAAUCAAAAAAAUAUAUAUAAAUUAUCCAAACCAAAUUUAAAACACACAUACAUACAGAUCCAAUCGAGAUAUUCACUAGAUUCUAAGGUGUCGUCGUCACUUUUCAAAUUUUAUUGUAAAUAUUCCAUGAUUCGAAACCAAAAAAAAAAACCAACCGAUGGAUUCAUGACCAUUUACACACAACGCCACCACGAAAAUUAACUAUUCGAGCCGCAUAGAAUAUGUUAUCAUAUUUGGAAUGUAAGAUGCAAUUUGCCGUGAUAUCAUAGUACUUAGUAUUUACUCUUUCUCGUCUGAUUCCAAGAUGGAAAUCCUUUCGAAUUAAGUAUAUUUAAUAGAUGUUAUAUUUUUUUUUUCUUCACGUUUUUUCUAUUCAUUUCAAACUAGCAAACUUUUCUAGCACAUUCACACAUAGAUACACACACACACGCACGUACUUGAUAUGAUUCUAUUUCCAAUUAACACUAAUAUAGAAUGAGCUCUAUGCCAAAUUAAUGAAAAAUACGACGCAUACAAUGCACGAACAAACGAUGCUGUUGGUGAAUAGGAAGAGGUAGUACUUGAGGUAGUUUUAGUAAAGUUUGAAGACUCUCUCACUUUGUUACAUAACUCAUGGUUUUUUUUUCGACUGAGAGAAAAAUGUUUUCUUCCUUUUUUGUGAUUUAUUUUUCCUUGAAAUCACAUUCUUUUCUGGGACUGGAUUUUCUGGCUGAAAAAGCUUUUUUUUGGUUCGGUGAAUAUUCCGAAUGUAUUUCAUUCACUCUCCUAUUUUCUUCGAAUUUUCAACAUACUGAAUGUUUCAUAUGAGAAUCAGUUCUUGGGACAAGAAAAUAUGAAAAAAAUGGGCUUGACCAAAGUAGGAUAUGGGGGAAACCUCUAUCUAUUUCAUAAGGCGGAAUUGAAAUGUUGAUUCCAGAAUUCCCAAAAUUGACCUUAUCGACAUGAACAAAUUUCACUGGAAUGCUUCAAAUACCAAAACCGAAUCCCUCUCAAUGCUCACUUCACUGACUUUUCUUUUUGAAUUUCUUGUUCUUUAUCAAGAAGAAGACUAAGGUAGAAGGAUUUUUAUUUUACUUGAUAAACCAAAUACUAUCACUAGCUGAAGCUCCGAACGCUUUUUCAUCUAUUUACAAUCAAUUUUUGAACUAUUACUUACAAUAAAAGUAUAUAUGAGAGAUGUGCUUAGAACUACAUUUGGAUGAGGAUGGACAUGAGGAUGUUUGCACCGUGGAAAAUUUACAUUGUUCCAAACUCACAUAUACGUAUAAAAUACAAAAUGACGCAAGUCUAAGAAGAAUCUUAUCUCACUCAAAAUCAUUAGUUAAUUGAAAAUACCAACGAAUUCAAAAACAGAGGCGGAUUCUAGCUUCGACCAUUUUUGUCUUCAAUUUUGAAGCGACAAAAUAUGCAGGAAAUUCAUGCGGCAUAGUUAGACCUUGGUUUAAAACAAUACCAGAGAUGACUAAAGCGCACCCAAGUGCGCUAGAGCAUUUGUGUUGUUUUUUUCUUCGUUCUACUUCUACCUUUUUGGCCAAUAAAAAUUUGUAUCAAUAUUUUGUCUAACAUAACGAAGAAUUGCUUUUGAAAAACCACAUUUACAUUGGUGUAUGUAAAGAAAAAUCCUCAAAAUUAUCGAUUGUGAAAUUGAGCUAAUAUGCGCAAUGACUAAGUGCGUAAGACCGCACAAUGCGAAUACCAGUUCUCAUUUUAGGGCAGACAAUGAUAAAAUUUUCCAAUGAUAAAUUUUGCGAAAUCUUGGCGCUGAAUGCUGAACUAUGAUACUCCUAUAUAAAUAUACUGUCAACUAUCAAUGACAGCAACCAAUGACAGCAACAAUUGAACGUAUUUGUAUGGCAAAAUACUUCCUACUUGCAGAUGGCGCCAGACCAAACGUCAUUCUAGUCAUUUUUCUCAUUGGGGCAGAAAACGUAAGCUAUUCUUUGUUAUGUUAGACAAAAUAUUGAUAAAAAAUGUUUUUGGCCAAAAAGGUAAAGUGGAACGAAGAAAAAAACAAAGAAAAAACAGCACAAGUGUUCGAGUGCGCUCUAGCGCACUCACGGCGAUGAAGCUAACACGUAUUUUCAACUUGGGUGCGCCUCAGUCAUCUCUGUACAAUACCGCCGAAUUUUUUAUAUGUCACUUUGUUUUCAAUUCUUUUUAUUUCGAUACGAAUGCAUGACACCGUUUGGAACAAACUGAAUUUCACGGGUCACCAAUGUGCAUUCAUUUAUGAAUCCAAAAGUGAUAUGCUUUUUUUCACACGUUUGAAUGGUACGCUUUGAGCAUUAAAUUUGUAACAGACUGUGAGCAAUUCACUGUUCAAUUCAAAAUGUUUGCAGCCAAAAAAAUUUCUCGGAUGUUUGCUACUGCAUACAGUCGGUUAGAGAUGAAUGCAUUUGCAAUGAGAUAGAUAGAGAGAGAGAGAGAGAGAGAGAGAGAGAGCAUAUCAACCGAAGUGACUCUUGACACCAAAAACAUGUGAAUGCAUUUCCGUGUCUCUUGGUAAACAUUCCAAAAUAGCUUUAAGCAUAUUUGGCCAUGCAAAAACUAAUAGCAAACAAAGAAAAUACUCCAGUAGAUGAACUAGAAAAAAAAUCUAGUGAUUUCUGCUAUCGGUCUCAUUCCGAUCGUAAAAUGAAGUGCAACCCAUUAUGACUAGUACAAACUAAAAUUGUCAACAAAAAUCCACUAUUCAUGACAUUUUUUUUCUUACAAUUUUUUAUUAAUCAAUAAAACAAAUAUAUACCGAAUUUCUAUUGGUAAGACCGAGAGUAGACCAAAUUGUCGAUUAUUUUUACCAGAGGCUUUUUCUUCGUAUUUUGAAACGAAUAUUUACUGCAUGUUUAUAUGGGCUGGACGUGAUGAAGGGCAGAUUGUAUAUCCAAAUCUCGGCGCCUCGCUAUUAGACUAAACGAUAAAGAUACAGAGAUGGAUACUCAAACGUUGGAAAAUGUGCCGAGGUGACUUUGUAAAAUGAAUCAGUCCAUUGUAAAACGUUAUUGAGAUUCUGCACAGAUAGAAAAAGUUCGAUUUGUCCAAAGCUUGAAAUACCGAACACAAAUGUACAUGCUUUGGUUUUAUCAAAUUGAACUGGUGUGUUUUCUGCAGCAAUUUAUUUUAACUUCUUUCUAAACCUGGCCUAAGACCCUCUCAUUUCAAUUAAACACUUUACCAAUUAAAUGAUUUUGAGCUUAAAUCGAGUGUGAAAACAUGAGCGAUUCGAUUAAUUGCUAAAGACUUUCGCGAAUUCAUUCGUGUGGAAAAAAGACGGAACAACUUAUUUGAAAAGACAAUGAUCAAGAGAUAAAUGAUGAUGAUAGAAAUCCAUGAGUAUCAAAAGUUUAUCAGUGCAUAGAUAACUUUUUUCUUUAAUUUUAUUUACUCCUCAUUAUUGUUUAUUUACACUCGCGUUUGUUACUUAUUGACUCUUUAUUACUCAAAGAAAAAAAUAUUUUAAUAACCCGCAACCGAAAGUUUUAAAUACAUUACGUACUUCAUAAUGUUUGUCCUAGUUUUUUUUUGCCCAUACCCUCUAUUUAUUGCUAUCGGAUGCACGUGCAGAUACGUUGCCGUUGCGCUGUGCUGCAAUUGCAUUCAGAAUCGUCAGAAUAUGUUUUAUUUGAAUCAGUUUGCUGUGAAUUUCGCUGUGUGAAAUACGAUGCAGAAAAUACUUUAUAUUGCGUUAGUUUUACGGCUAAAGAUUUAUUUAAAUAUAAAACAUACACAGGAAAAAGAACAUAUUUUCGAAAUGUUACUCAAACUAAUUUUAAAAAAAUCAUAUUUCAUCUAAUUAUUAAAAGAAAUUUGCAUCUCUUUUUCACACUUUUGAAAGUUGAUAUUUUUUCUUAAGUUUUUCACGUAUUUUCCAACUUGUUGUGAGAAAAAAGGGCUUAUCUUUCGGCCUUUUUCUGAAGGUAUGCCUUUUUUACCGCGUGUUCUUCAUUUCACUCAAUAUUGUUUUCCUAGGAAAGGUGCACCAAAAAUGUCUAAAAUAUUUAGUACCGGUCAUUCGAACCAACCGAAUGAACAGAAAGAAAUCACGGUUAAUAUUAGAUCAAAUGUAAUUAAAUCUAUUGAAAGAUGAUAUUUUUUUGUUCGAAUAUUCGUAGAGAUUCUCUCGCUCUUUCUCUCUCUCUCUCUCUCUCUCACACACCAACAGUGGAAAUAUUUGCUGUACAUAUUUCCAAUUUUAUUGCUUUUUAGUAGAAUUGUCUUGUUCCUAAAGUUUAUCCAUUUUUAUACCUAUUUCAAUCGAAUAAAUUUCACACAUACACACAUAAGCUCUAACGAAAACCAAAUAAUGCAAUGGCAAUGUGAGUGGCGUGCGGUAAAAAUUAUUCCACGAUAAACAAAACAUGUUGUUGUGAACAGCAACAGCUUGAAAAGAAAACAGAACCAACAAGUUUUUAGAUUAAUUGUACAAAUGCGCCACCGUCACACAAUAUGUAUGAGUCGGUUUUGUUUCUUUUAUUGAUUUUUAUUACAAAAUGACCAAUGGGCAAUGUAAAAUAUGCCUAAUAAGUUUUACACAAAAAACACGAAAAAUAAUCAACAACAACAACAACAACUACAACAACAGCUCUAUGCCGACAGGAAUUUAAAUGAAGAUAACAUACAAUUUAUUGCUCUUUUAUUAUAAACUUUAGCUUAUUUUUACUAUUAGUCACAGUAUCAUCAAGCGUUCGAGAUUUGACAACCAUUUUUUUGGUGUGCAUUUUCAUGUCAAUCGAUUGAUCACGGUAAUAACAUUAUUAAUAUUAUCAAUAUUGACCAAAAAAUUGUUGAAUUGAAUCCAUUGACGAUUUUAUUAUUAUCAUCAGUAGGUAAUUUUUGGAGUGUCUACGAUUCGACAAUGAAAACGUGCUUGAAAAAGGAAAUCAAAACUCGAAACACUCAUUUCCAAUUUCAAUAAAUAUUUCAUAAAAUGAAGAA